GGUGCUUCUCUCUCCAAACCCAAAAGCAUUCGGAGAAGCGAAACACCAUCUUUCUAGCAAUGGCCUCAGGCUGGAGCAGAGGAGCCACCAUUGGCCGCGGCUCUUCCGCCACCGUCUUUCUCGCCACCCUCCACAACUCCGGCGCCCUCUUCGCCGUCAAGUCCGCGCAGCUUUCCGCCGCCGCCCAACUCCUCCGCGAGCACUUCAUCCUCUCCUCCCUUUCCUCCCCCCACAUCGUCCGCAGCCUCGGCGCCGACGUCACCCGGGAAGGUGGAAGCGAGUUCUACAACCUCUUCAUGGAGUACUUCCCCAGCGGCACGCUCUGCGACGAGAUCAGGCGCCAGGGCGGCCGGUUAACCGAGCCGGAGAUCAGGCGGCACUCGAGAUCGGUGCUGCUGGGCCUCCGCUACCUGCACGGGAUUGGAAUCGUGCACCGCGACAUCAAGGGGAGCAAUUUGCUCGUGGGCAGGGACGGCGAGGUCAGGAUUGGCGACCUCGGCUGCGCGUCGCGGAUUGGCGUUGCCGCCGAGGAGGGCGGCUUGGCGGGCACGCCGCUUUUCAUGGCGCCGGAGGUGGCCAGGGGGCAGAGCCAGGGUACCGCGGCCGAUGUUUGGGCGCUGGGAUGCACUGUGGUGGAGAUGGCCACGGGGCGGCCUCCUUGGGCCGGGGACGUCACCGACCCGGUCUCUGCUCUUUACCGGAUUGGGUGCACGGACGCCGUCCCAGAGACGCCGGAGAAUUUGUCGGAGGAAGGACAAGAUUUUCUCCGGAAGUGUUUCUCCCGGAAUCCGUCGGAGAGGUGGACGGCGGAGCAGCUGCUGCAACACCCCUUCGUCAGCAAAGUGAAGGAGGUGGACAUCGAUGGGAAGCCAGUUUGCGACUCACCCAAGAGCAUUCUUGAUCGUGCUCUUUGGGAUUCUCUAGAAAGCCGCAGCGCUCAAACGGGAAGCGAAACGAACCAUUCCAUGCCGGUUCUUGCCCCUGCGCCUACUGCCGCCGGUCGAAUCAAAGCCUUGUUUUCUCCGGCUUCUCGGCGGCCAGAUUGGUCUUCGGGGGACAAUUGGCUAUCUGUAAGGGAAAACGCGUCGGAGAAUUCGCCAGCGCCGAGCAUUUCAGGAGAGUCAGAUUUUGAGGAGCCGGCAAUUGAAUCGACCACCGGCAGGGUGGUUGAGGACGACCCAAUUGGGGUGGGGAAAUCAGUAACUCUAAGCGAUGGCGUGCAGGCAAAAGUAAUUGAUGCUCUGUCAUGGAUCGACAAUGCCAUUGAUUCCAUUCUUCCUGUUAAACAUGAAACUGUUGUUCAUAAUUUGUUUACAAUGAAAUUAAUUGAAAUUCCUUUC